UGUUUCACUGGAAAGUUCCUGAUGCACAAACCGAGCGGACCUGGACUGGACCUACACUAAGAUCCGGACCAGAGCUGGACUAAAACCAGGAACUGAGCUAUAACACCCGACCUCAGGCGGAUUAAACCCGGAUUAAAAACGGACUAGAGGCGGUAGAGCAGCGGAAUUUUGCUCGGGGUCCGUGUGCAUGCGUGCGUGUGUUCGUGUGUGUGUGUGUGUGUGUGUGUGUGUGUGUGUGUGUGUGUGUGUGUGUGUGUGUGUAUGUGUGUGUGUGGGAUGGAUCGGAACAUGGUGCGGUAGUUUUUGUGGGGCUGUGAGGGACCCUCGCGCGUCUCUCUGAUCUCUCAUGAUGAGCGCGAUGGGCCCCGCGCGCCUGUUACUGCUGCUGCUCGCGCUCUGGACCUGCACACACGCACGGAGUGCGCUCCCGCAGCGUGGGUCCUACAGCCUGUACACGGGUGGUCACGUGCAUGGAGCCCGCGCCGCCAGCAGACACAGGAACUGGUGUGCGUUCGUGGUAACUAAGACGGUGAGUUGUGUGGUGGAGGACGGAGUAGAGACCUAUGUGAAGCCAGAAUACCAUCCCUGUGGCUGGGGGGGGCAGUGCAGCAGGGCGGUGCUGUACCGGACCUACAUGAGGCCACGUUACAAAGUGGCGUACAAGAUGGCCACAGCGCUGGACUGGAAGUGUUGCCAUGGUUACAGCGGGGUGGACUGUGGCGAGGGUCUGGGACAAGGAACCAGACCUCAGACGGGACCGUCACCAGGUGGGGGGGCAGGAUCUGCAACCGGACCGACUGGAGAGCACGGUGGCCAGGUAGGAGAUGAAAGGAUGAGACAGCUAGAGGAGAAGAUCCAGAGUCUGACCAAAAACCUGCAGGACCUCCAGUCCAGCUUAAACACUGGAGGAGAACUGUCUUCAGGAGGUUCUUCUUCAGGCGGGAGGAACCCUGCGGAUGCUGCUCAGCCGGAGAUUAAAGAGACCAUCCACAGCAUCCAGACAAAACUGGACCAGCUGGACAACCGCACACAGGCUCAUGAUAAAACCCUUGUCAGCAUCAACAACCACCUGGUGAAUGGGAAGGGAGACAAGCUGGAGGCUGGUCCGUCCGGAGGAGGUUUGAGCGGAGGGGGGCUAGACUCUCUGAAAGCAGAGAUCCUCAGGGAGUUGGAGAGGAGGGUUUCGCUGUCCUGCUCCUCCUGUCAGGCUGGUGUGGAGGAUCUGCGCCGACAGCAGCGCGAGGACCGUGAACGCAUCAGAGCUCUGGAGAAGCAGUUCAGUGAGACUGAAUUUCAGUACCGGCAGAGUCUGGACGGGAACCACCUUCGAGACCGGGUCUCUGACGCCGAGCGCAAGAUCACGUUGGUCUCAGAGAACCUGGACCUUCUGCAGACAAGGCUGGACAAGGACUUCAGCGGGGGAGGAGGCACGAAGGACCUCAACGGGGGAGGGGGAGGCAACACUGUGGAUGGCAGCAGCAGAGGUUCAGGGUUUGGAGGCGGUGCGGGAUCUGUAGUUGGGGAUCGGGGUGUAGUUGUGAUGGAGGAUCGACUGGACAACCGGCGGGGAAACAGCACCUUGCAGGGGACCGAACGCCUGGAGAACCACCUGAAGGACUUCAACAGAGAACUCGGCAACCUGAGUACGGUGUUCCUCGAGCGGUUUGAUGACCACGCCUUGAGGGUUUCAGAUGUGGAACUGGACGUGAGUCGAUUGAAGGAGAGGCUGAGGAACCUCGAAAACAUCACAAAAAUCACGACCCAGAGGAUGGAGGACUGCAGAUGUGGAGGAUCUGAAAGUGGAGGAGGAUCUAGAGGAGGUGGAUCCACAGGAGAAGCAGGAUCUACAGGAGGAGGAUCUACAGGAGGAGGAUCUACAGUAAGUAGAUCUCCAGGAAUAGGAUCUACAGGUGGAGGAUCUACAGGAGGUGGAUCCACUGGAGAAAGAGUAUCUACAGGAGGAGGUUCUACAGGUGGAGGAUCGACAGGAGGAGGAUCCACAGGAAGAGGAUCUAUAGGAGGAGGACUAUCUGGAGGAAGAGGAUCAACAGGAGGAAGAGGAUCAACAGGAGGUGGAUCUACAGGAGGAGGAGGAUCUACAGGAGGAGGAUCGACAGGAGGAGGAUCUACAGGAGGACUAUCUGGGACGGGAGGAGGAAGGACCACAGAGAAGUCUCUGGAGUGGAGGGUGGUCGCCAACGAGGAUCAGAUCCGACACUUCAACACAGAAAUCAGAGACCUGUCGGUGUCUGGAGACUCUCUGCAGAACCAGGUUCUGGACCUGACCCAUGACGUUCGUAAGAUAAAGGCCCUGACUGGGGAUCAUGGAGAGAACUUCAACCGGAUCGUGACGGAGGUGGAGAUGCUUGGCCACGACUGCGUUCUGUGCGGGAAGGUGGAGGACGAGCUGCAACGGCUGAAGAACCACUCCCAGGAUGCACUUGGGCGAAUGCAGAUCCACAUCAAGAGACUGCAGAUCCUGCUGGACUCCAGCAGAGAAGGAUGCGGCCAGCUGUGUUCACAGCUGGAGAAUGAUGUCCGUCUGCUGCGGGACGAUGUCAGAAGAUGCACCUGCCUGCCCACAGGUGGUGGUUCUGGAGGUUCUGGUGUUUCUGGAGUGUCUGUUGGCACUGUCAGACCUGGGUUGGGUGCUGAGAAGCCUUUAGAUGGCCACAGUGUGAUCGGAGGCUCGGUCAACAACAACCACCUGAAGACGCUUCAGGGCGAGCUGUCCGAGGCCAUCCUGACCUUCAGCUCCAUCAACGACUCCCUGAAGGGGCUCGAGCACACGGUGCAGAAACACGGCAGUGUCCUAACAGACCUUGGAAACACAAAGGACAAAAUCAUCUCUGAGCUUGACAAGAUCCAGCAGGACGUAACGGAGCACAUCGAGGAGAGCCGGGUCCGCCUGCAGGGGAUGGAACAGGAUGUCCGGCGAUUCGAGAGCACCCUGUUGGUGGAAAUGGGAGACUGCAAGAGGUCCGGAGAUGGGCUGGAGAAGAGACUGUCGAAGCUGGAGGGAGUCUGCGGGAGGCUGGACGGUGUUUCCGACUCCAUCCUCAACAUCAAGGAAGGACUGGGCCGACAUGUCACCAGCUUGUGGAUGUGUGUUUCUGGUCUAAAUGAGUCAGUGGUCCAUCACAAAGGGAUCUUGGACUUCAUUCAGAAGACCCAGCAGGAUGUCUACAGCAGGUUGAAGAACUUGAACUCAACCCUGAACCAGGUCUUUAAGGAGAUGCAGACUUCCUCUGAGCGAGACCUGAACGGCCUGCCCGGACCCCCAGGACCCCCUGGAGAGAUAGGCUUUAAUGGGCUGCCGGGUCCCAGAGGCCCUCUUGGACCUCCAGGACGACCGGGAGAGACUGGGGCUCAUGGUCCGCCCGGUCUUCCUGGGGUUGAGGCUCACGUUCCAAAACUGGCGUUCUCCGCUGCUCUCACGGUUCCCAUGGAGCGAGCCGGAACUAUCGUCUUCGACAAGAUCUUUGUCAACGAAGGAGAUUUCUACAACCCGAGGACAGGUGUGUUCACGGCCCCCGUUGAUGGACGCUACUUCUUCAGUGCCGUCCUGACGGGUUAUAAGAAUGAGAAGAUCGAGGCUGUUCUGUCCAAGUCCAACUACGGUAUGGCCCGGGUGGACUCAGGAGGCUACCAGCCCGAAGGCCUGGAGAACAACCCGGUGGCAGAGGCCAAAACCCCCCCUGGAUCUCUGGCCGUCUUCAGCAUCAUCCUGCCGCUGCAGAGCCGUGACACGGUGUGUGUGGAUCUGGUGAUGGGGCAGCUGGCCCACUCUGUGGAACCGUUCACCGUCUUCAGCGGGUUGCUACUGUACGAGGACCUGUGAUCCAGACCGGAUUUUUAUGAAGACCUGAUGAUCUCCUGAUGAAGAGGAGGAUUGGCAGGGGCUGGACAGAAAGAUGGACGCUCCUCAACAUCACCACCCCCUGCAGGCCUUGCUGUCUUUAUAAGACUUUAUAGAGGGAAGACCAGAUGUUUUACUCAAAGCAGCUUUACUUUUUAUCCCAGCUUUGACCAGCUGCAUCAGAGUCCUGAUACAUCCCACUGCUUCACUAAUAAUCUCAUUAAAGGUUCUGAACCAGACUGACCUGAUGAACUCCUGAGGAGGAUGAGGAAGAUAACGAGGGGGACUGGCAGCUGGACAGAGAGAUGGAUGUUCAGAUGUUUUAUACGGCUUUACUUUGUGUUCCAGUUUCUGAUCUUGACAGACGCUCAGCCUGAUCACAUGACAUCACUUAAUAAAGCCCAAUAAACACAAAAGUUAACUUGUUAUUAAAAAUGAUAUCAACAGAAUGUACUCUAAGUAUCACAAAGUACUGCAGUACUGAUGAAAUGAGAAACCUGCAGCCAGGGUCAGACUUAAAGUUUUAAACUGAACACAGAUAUUUAAUCUCCUGGUAAUAACUUUCUUUAUGAAUGAUGUUCCAUCGGUUACUGAAGGACAUAUUUAAAGCACUUGUACUGAGGAAACUUUAUUCUGCUUACACGUCACUGUUUGUAUGAUGAAUAUCUCACUGCCAUUAAACACGAGUGGACCACA